AUGGCAGAGAUCUGCGCGGGGCUGCGCCGCGUGCUGCGGGCCCUGGCGAGGAGCGCGGUGCCAGCCGCGGUGCCCGCGCCCGCGGCGUCGGCGAAGGCGCCGGAGGCGCCGCAGGUCCAGGGCCCACCCGAGGUCCUGGCCCCGCCGACUCUGGCGCUCACGCUGCUGCAGCAGAACUUCCUGGAGGCUGAGAUGGAGGCCAAGCAGGAGGUCCAGGGCAAGGUGGCCGAAUUCCGCCGAAUGAAUGGCGGCCGGCCUAUGAACGGUCCGCAGCGGGUUGAAGUGGAGAAUCUCUUCAAGCUCCGCAUGAAGACGGCGGAGCUGGCGAAGAUGGAGGCCGAGGAAGAGGAACGCCGCAAGGCUGCGGCGGAGGAGCACAACUUGGCUCCUCCAGACGAGGCAAUGGUGGCCUGA